UUUAAAUAAUACAAAAUGCUCGCCAAGACGAGACUGCUUUUGCGAGCGUUAACCAUUAGCUUAACACCGAUUCGUCCGACAAUAGGCGCUAUAACACAACUGCAGCAGAUCCAGCCGUUAGCAGAAAACGGCGCGGCAUCUGUGCUGGGUCUGCAGCAGGCACGCAGUUAUGCAAAAGGCAAAGACAGAAAAAAGGAAAAAGGCGGCAAGGGUAAACCUGCUAAGGUUGAGAUAAAUGAGCAACAGCUGCGUGAACUGAUCAACCUGGACAGCCUGAAUGCGCAGAUGGAAAAGUCCGUCAUGCAAAUGAAGGAGGAUUUCAUUAAGAAUCUGUCGCUGCGCUCCACGAGCGGCGCCAUCGACACACUGCGCAUCAAGGUAGACGGCGCCGAGCACGAGCUGCAGGAGCUGGCCCAGAUAUCGCGCAAGAAUCCAAAGACGAUAAUAGUCAAUAUGAUUGCGUUCCCACAGACCAUACCAGACGUGCUGCGCGCCAUUGAGAAGAGCGGCAUGAAUCUGAAUCCUCAGCAAGACGGCACAACCCUCUUCAUACCCAUACCCAAGGUGACCAAGGAGCAUCGCGAGCUGCUGUCCAAGAAUGCGAAAGCGCUGUUCAUCAAGUACCGCGACGCCAUACGGGACAUACAGAACGCACAGAUCCGCAAGCUCAAGAAGCAGACAGACAUCGCCAAAGACGACGUCUUUGCGGCCCAAACGCAGGUCACGGCCAUUGCGGACAAAUACAUUGCCGAGGCGGACAAGCUGCUCGUCAGCAAGCAGAAAGAGCUAACUGGGGAGACUUGAUACCUCUAGACUGAUAUUGGACUCAACUAGAAUAUUAUUGUACCCUCACUACAAAUGUUACUGCCUAUUGAAACGUAAGCUAAGCUUCUCAGAAAUACAGCGAGUCUUAAGCGUUAAA